CGAACCGCGAUUAAAGUAUUAUUGGAUUUUAAAUUAGCCUUCUUUUGUUUAGAAAUCUACCUCAUGUAAACACUCGAUCAAAGCCUUCACAUCAUGACCGAAAAACAAGCAACCGUCUACGUCGUGGACCUAGGUAAAACUCUUGGAGAAUGCCACAAUGGGCGCAAGGAAACUGAUCUGGAAUAUGGCAUGCGAUAUGUAUGGGAUAAAAUCACGUUGACCAUGUCUACUGACCGCAAGACUGAUGGCGUUGGUAUUGUUGGAUUUCGUACUGACGAUACCAAUAAUGAUUUGAAAAGCGGCGGAGAAGAGGGAUAUGAAAAUAUAUCCGUGUUGAAGCCUCUUGGGCAAUUCCAGAUGACAGAUUUGGACGAAAUGCAAGAGGUUAUUAAACCAAGUGGUACUGAUGCUGGAGAUGCUAUAUCAGCAGUUGUAGUUGCGAUGGAAAUGAUUAAGGAGCAUACUACGUUGAAGUCCGGAAAGCCUGGUAAAUAUGCUAGGAAGAUUGUUUUGGUUACUGAUGGGAAAGGGUUUAUGCAUGGGGAGGAGCUUGAUGAUAUUGCCAAGGAAAUCAGCAGAAACGAUAUAAAACUAGUCGUCAUGUAAGUCGCUUUUCGCAGGUUGAGUUUGCUUGCUGACAUGAAACUAGAGGGGUUGAUUUUGAUGAUGCGGAAUUCGGGUUUAAGGAGGAAGAUAAAGGUUUGGUUAAGGUGAGUUUACCACGUUCCCCGAUAUAUUUUCUUGUAAUACUAAUUAUUGUUAGGCUGAAAAUGAGAAACUCCUGAGAGCUUUCGCAGAAGGUUGCUCAGACGGGAUAUUUGGUACUACAGCGGAAGCCAUAGAAGCUCUCGCAACACCUGUAGUCAAAGCAACAAGAGAGUAUAAUACCUACACAGGACCACUCACUUUAGGAGAUCCGACGAAAAAUCCUGAAACAGCUGUAUCGAUAGAUGUCGCUCGAUACUUCAAAACACAUCAAGCCAAACCUGUUUCCGCAAGGAGUUAUGUUGAAGCGGCGGCAGAUGAAGCGGGUGAUGAGGAACUUCCGGAUGCUGAUGAUCUUACCUCAGUCAAGCAGACAAGGACUUAUAAAGUCAAUGAUCCCACCGCUCCUGGCGGUAAGCGAGACGUCGAACGAGAUGAUCUGGAAAAGGGUUAUGAAUAUGGUAGCACUAUUGUUCAUAUUAGUCAAGCAGACGAAGGUGUCACAAAGCUUCAGGCAAUAAAGGAUUUCUCAAUCAUUGGAUUUGUGCCCAACAACGUAAGCAUAUGUACAUUCUACACACCCUAUAUCUGGCCUAACUUCUUUAGUACGAGAGAUAUCUUAAUAUGGGAGAAAGUUGCAUCACUAUUCCUCAAAAGACAAACGAAAAGGCACGAAUGGCAUUAUCAUCUUUUGUCCAUGCUCUACAUGAGCUGGAUUCUUGUGCUGUUGCCAGAAUCGUCAAGAAAGAUGGAGCGGAUCCACUGAUUAUAAUUCUUGCUCCAUUGAUAGAACCAGAUUUAGAGGGCCUCAUUGAUGUGCCUCUCCCAUUUGCUGAAGAUGUACGAAGUUAUCGAUUCGCGCCGCUAGAUAAGGUUUUAAAUAGCUCCGGCGGUCUAAUGGAGAAGCACAGAAACCUUCCAAGCAAAGAUUUGAAAGAUGCAAUGAGCAGUUUCGUUGAUAGUAUGGAUUUAUCGACAGCUGGAAAGGACGAGGCAGGGUAAGAGAAAUCCACUGGCAUCAUCAGCAUAUUAUUAACUCUGCAUAGCGAUCCGGUGGAAUACAUGGCCAUCGAAGAUACUUACUCUCCUGUGCUUCAUCGUAUCAAUCAAGCCAUACGCAGACGUGCUGUCAAACCAGAUGAGGGUGUAACUCCGCCUGCUGAUGUUCUAGUCAAAUGGUCACAUCCCCCUACCGAGCUUGUCGACAAAUCAAGUAGCCAGCUCACAAAAUUGAUCGAAACAGCUGAUGUCAAGAAAGGUAAUACGGCGCUUUAAGCUUCCUUGAUUUUCUCCUAGCUAAUAAUUUUCCAGUGCCCGCGACAGCUAAAGCCAAACGCAACCGAGAAGUCGUCAAACCUCUUUCCGGUCUCGAUGUAGACGCUCUUCUCGGUCGAGAAAAGCGCCAAAAGAUUACCGUAGACAACGCCAUUCCAGAAUUCAAGCGAGCACUUGCAAGCACCGAUUCCACCGAGAGCGUCACCAAAGUUACCCGAGAAAUGGGCGACGCUGUCCGCACACUACUCAAACGAAGUACCGGAAAUUCUACCUGGGCGCAGGCUGGAGAGUACUUGAGGAUCAUGAGAACUGAAUUGAUUGAUCUGAUUGAACCGGAAGUCUACAAUAACUUCAUUGAGAAAUUUAAGAAACAACUUCAAAAUGAAGGUUUUGAUAGGAUGUUUUGGUUUGAUGUCGUGAGGAAGAAUAAAUUAGGAUUGAUUCAUAUGGGUGAGACAAGCAAUACUAAGAGGACAGAGGAUGAGGCCAGACAGGUUUGUGCAUUUUGGCUGCUUUUACUCUAGCGGACGUGUUAUGGCUGACCAUGAGUGCAGUUCUAUAAUUUGGGUGCUGGAGAGCUCCCUAAUCGCGGAAAAGCAUAAUCGACACUGGAGUAAUACUUAAGUUGUCAUAUGGUGAAGGGCCCGAGAUGUCAUAUUUAGUUUCUGUCUUGUUUAUUGGCUUUUGUUCCGAGGACAACAUUGAAUUUAUCAGAUGAUUGAUGUCAAUUUUGCUGAUUUGGGACAGGUGAUACGGCUGGUGUUGGAUUCAAAAGCAUUGUAUUUUAUUUUGAUAAGCGGGA